GCCGUGAUGCUUGUUGUAGUAACGGUCAUAUUAGUUAUUGUUGUGGGUAUAGCGAUUUCUUAUUUAGGCAACUGGGAAGUUUUGAUAUUUAAUCUUUUAAGAAGAUUCUAUCAAGUUUUCUUUUUGAAGUUAACUAUGGGAGAACAGAGGGAGGAUAGCCCUUCUCCUGAAGAGCAAAAAGAAAUACUGUCUUGUAAAUUAGCUAAAUCAGUUGUUGCCGGUGAAAACUGGUAUCUUGUCAAUUCUCGAUGGAUGAAAGCUUUAAAACAAUUCAUUGGUGUUAUGAGAACUGACCAAUCCUGCAGUAAUCCUGGACCUAUCGACAACUCUUCUAUCCUUGCUGUAAAUGGUGUUGACUUAAAAAAAGGAUUGGCCGAAAAUAUAGAUUAUGAGCUUAUUUCCGAGGAAUGUUGGAAGCUAUUAAUUAGCUGGUACGGCUACUACCCAGAUCAAGCUCCAAUAGAAAGAAAGGCCAUUUUAGCUGGCUUCAACUAUACGAUGGUCGAGGUUUAUUUGCUAGAACUCAGAUGUUAUAACACAUUUGAGUUAAAAAACGAAGUACGGCUGUCUGUUAGUAAAGCAGAUUGUUUAAGUUCGAUUCAUAACACGCUCCGUGAAAAAUACUCAAUUAAUAAGUCACAAAGAAGCCGUCUUUGGCUAUGUCUAGGUUCAAACAAUUUUGAUCUAGUCAACUUGGGCCUUAGUGUUCAACUUGCAGGUAUUGGGGAUAAUCACUCCAUAAUUUUGGAGACACAGAACAGUUCCGGAGAAUGGAUCAGGACUAUAGAUGAAGAAACCGUUUCUGAUGUCCUUGCUCAGCCCAGUACAUCUAAGCAAACUAUGGGAACACAAACGUCUCUGAUGUCCCCGAGAACAACUCGUGCUACAAUCUAUCCUGAAGGUACAUUUAAGCCUGGAAUUUGUGGACUUUAUAACCUGGGCAAUACCUGCUAUAUGAAUAGCGUUCUACAGUGUCUCAGCAACUCUUUUCCAGUCACUAAUUACUUCUUAGAAGGACGUCAUUUACAAGAGUUGAAUGUGACUAAUCCUUUGGGAAUGGGUGGAGAAAUAGCACGAUCUUACGGAGAACUAAUUCAUAAUCUGUGGUCAGGAAGAUACUCUUCCGCUAACCCUCUGCAUUUUAAGGUGCAAGUUGGGAAAUUCAAUCCUCAAUUUUGUGGUUGUGCUCAACACGAUGCUCAGGAAUUACUUACUUUUCUACUAGAUGGGUUGCACGAAGAUCUUAAUAGAAUUGCCAACAAACCAUACAUACCCAACAAAGAUUACCAGGGAGAAGAAGAUCACGUUUUUGCAUUAGAAUCUUGGAAAAACUACAAAUUAAGAAAUGACUCCAUUAUUGUGGAUAACUUCCAUGGGUUGUUAAAGUCAAGAGUUAUAUGCCCUCAUUGUGAAUAUUUAAGUGUUGCUUUUGAUCCUUUUUCAAGUCUGUCUCUACCAUUACCCAUUAAUCAGGAAAACCAAUUUAAGGUCAAGUUUAUUCCUUAUGAUCCCAAAAAAAGGGAAAUAUUUUUAAGAGUAACACUUUCAAGGAAGAGCCUUAUAAAAGAUCUUUGCCAUGAGGUAGCACUUAAAACUUCCUGCAACGCUAAUCAGUUAAUUAUUACAGACUUAAAUAACAGUCACUUUCACAGAUUCUAUUCGUACAAUGAACCACUAGAGCUCUAUGAGGACAAGGAGUUGUUUCAUGUAUAUCAGAUAGAUAUUAACGCUGGAAGUUGUACAGAAUACACAGUUUUACCCGUAUGUUUCUGGGAGAAGUGCAAGCCAUCAGACAGAUUUAGUUUCAACCAUCUUUUUGGGAUGCCAUUGCUCAUAGUUCUUCCUUCAAAUUAUUUGGAGAAAGAAACCAUUGUUACAACAGUACUUAAUCAUAUGUCACGUCAUUUCUUCGGAACAACUGAUUCAUCAGACAGUGAUCCAAAUAAUUCCUCGUCUGAUAGUGAACAUCCUUCGUCAUUAUUUGUUCCAGCUCUUUAUUUGCUGGAUAUCAGCUUAAGUGGGAGUUGUACUCCUAAUAAAUUAGAAUUUGAUGAUGAUGACAACUGCAUUUCUAAUCUCUCAGGUAUAGUUGAUAUAGGUGACUCUUUGAAGCUAGUGAGUCGUAAGAUAUUGCUCGUUCAGUUGUCUGUCGACCAGAAGCAGUUAUAUUAUACUGAGAGACCUCCAGAUUAUGGUCCAGAUUUCCAUUCAAGCCAUUUCAAGGAUAAAGUAAAAUUAAGCAUCAACGAUUGCUUCGACCUAUUUACUACAUGUGAAAAAUUGGGAUUAGAAAACACCUGGUACUGUCCUACAUGCCAAGUACACCGCAGAGUUACGAAAAAAUUUGAUCUUUGGAAAUUACCAAAUAUAUUAAUAAUUCAACUUAAAAGAUUCUCAUUUACAAAGGGGGGUGAUAAAAUUGAUUCCCUAGUAGAUUUUCCACUGACUAACCUUAGAUUAGCUAAAUAUAUUAUAAAUCCGUCUGAGCAAGAUGUAAAAUAUGAUCUAGUGGGUGUUAUAAACCAUUAUGGGACCCUGUCUGGAGGCCAUUACACUGCAUACUGCAAAAACCAAAAAUCUGAAGGAUGGUACUGUUAUGACGAUGACAAUGUCACACCCAUAAGAAGUGAGGACAUCCUCGGUCAAGCUGCCUAUGUAUUAUUCUACAUGAGGAAUAAUACUAUUCUUAGUGAAGAAAUGCAGUAACUCAAUGAUUCCUCAUUAUGACACUCUUCAUGAAUUUGACAUAUUCCACCAUUAUACAUUGUUCCUUGUGGUGGAAUAUUAAUAAUGUGGAUAGAAAAGAAGGAGAUUAUUAUGUCCUUGAACUGUGAUAGCACAAAUGUGAUAUUUGUUUCAUAGAAAUUAAGGUUUUUUUAAUGCUGUCGUCAAUAAUUUUUUUUAAUUUUCCAAUUAAUGACUUCAUUAGGGGCUACUGUUGUAUAUCUGGGUACAUUUUUUUUGUAUUAUUUCCAAAUUCAUUAAAAUUAUUAGUGAUUAUGAUUGUAUUUUCUUCUUCAUAGUUCAUAACUUAUUUAAUUUAUUACUAAUUGUCUAAAUUAAUACGCCUUUUUGUUAUUUAUGUUUUAUUCAAUUAUUUUAUAUUGCUCUAAAAAUUCUUAAAAAAUAUUAAUAUGGAAAACCAACAGAAUACUAAGGAUCCUAAGGUUCAAUCAAUUAAUAAACAACUAUAUUUUGUGACUUAAUUGUUUUCACAUUUAUGCCCCAUAGUGAAAUAUCUCGGGGUUAUAGAAAACUUUUCCAAAAAGUAAUUAUUACUCGCUAAAGUUAUUUAUUUUUCUAAAGUAAAUUUGUAACCAUUUUCUCCUCAAUAGUCAAUGUCUGUUCUAGUUGUUGGAAAUUUUCAUUUGUAAUUUCUAAAAAUAUAAUUCUUUUCUAAAUAAAUUGUAUUUAAACUGUUUUUUUUUCUCUGUAGAGCAUGAAUAUGAGGACAUAUUCAGGUGUCUUAACGUCUGUAAAAUAUAGUUGCUUUUUUUUAUUGACUGAACCUCCGAAAAUUUAUUUAUGAUUGAUUGCUGUAAUUUGUUUUUUAUCUUAUUUAACUUUUUGUUUCUUUUUUUUCUUCAUAUUUCUGAAAUUACCUGUGUUAGUUUUUUUUAUUUAAGCCUUUCAAUUUUUUAGUUGUAAUUUGUUAAUGUUAAAAUAUAUUUUGUGAUAUUAAUAUGCUAAUAGCCCUAUUGCUCAAUUUCUUCUGUCAUUGUAUAAUGUUUUUGUUGUAUUAUUAUGAAAAUAAAUUGUAUGAUUUUUUAUCAGUUUGAUUUAAUUGAAAUUCUUGGUUCCCUAAAAUUAUAAUAUUUUUGAUAAUGUUCAACCUAACGUUUCUGUAUCUAUUUCCUGGGAUGGGAGAUGUUCAUGUUUUUUUUUUUUUUUUUUUACUUUUACUUACCUAUAUAUUAAAUGUGUAGUAAAGGAUAGUAUUGCGACUGAAAAUUUUUUAAUCCGAGUUUUCAAUGGAAAUACACGUUUUGAGGUCUACUGAAUCCAAAUAACCAAGGAUGUGUGUGUGAACAGUCUGGCUAAAAAAUGAUAAGCUAUAUGAAACUGAAAUUGCAUAUUUGAGAUUUCUGUAUGGCUGGGACAGUACACCAACAUUUUCGUUGAAAUCGGGUUAUGGGAAGUGCCUCUUUAUAUCAUUGAUUUUAUGUAACAAUGGCUCUUAACAAUUUUUAUUAAAC